AGCACCCUUCAUCAGACGGAGAGGAGAGAGGCAGAGAGGAGGCAGAGAAAACGCCGGGACGGGGAACAAAACAAGGGAGGAGAAGAAACACUGAUGGUGUCUGAGAGGAGGGCAGACGGCGGGACGAGAGACACCCACAGAGACAGCGGGACAGCGGGGGAGAGACAGGCUGCAGCAGCCGUCCUCUGGGCCUGAUCAGCUGACUGCAACUCACCGGGGAGGGUGGAGCCAUGAUGGGCAAGGAUUACAUGCUGGCCAUCAUCAUCGUCAACUAUGAUGACAACAUCUGGACAGACCAGAACCUCCUCCUGGAUCCAGACCUUCCCUCUGGCUGGAGGACAAUCAAAGACUCCACGGGGACCUACUACUGGCACGUUCCCACUGGCGCCACCCAGUGGCAGCACCCCCGCCUUACCGGGACAUUAAAGCCUCUGGAGACACAGCAGGAAGAGGCAGGAGACCAGAGUCCCACCAAAGGCACGGAGGGAGCCUCUGAGGAAUGGUCUUCGUGGCAGGAGGACUAUCUCACAGACCAUGACCCUGACUCAAAGUGCUUUGCCGUUCGUUCCCUGGGCUGGCUGCAGGUGGAGGAGGAGGAUCUGUCUCCGGGUCGCAGCAGCUUAGCUGUCAGUAACGUCAUCCAGCAGCUGUCUCACUGUGGCAGCCCCGAGCAGAGAGACAGGUCUGGGGCCUGGGGCGAGGGUCGGGAGAUGAUGCUGGUUCUCAAGAAAGACACCUUGACCUUAUUGGACCCAUUAGACCACACACCCCUCCAUUGUCAGCCAAUCAUCAACAUCCGAGUGUGGGGCGUGGGCUGCAACAACGGCAGGGACAGGGACUUCGCCUUCGUGGCCGGCGAUAAGGACAGCUGCGUCCUGAAGUGCCAUGUGUUUCGCUGUAACGCUCCGGCCAAGGCCAUCGCCUCCGCGCUGCACGAGAUGUGCUCCAAGAUGAUGUCGGAGAAAGCUCUGAUGAGACCGUCGCGUUCUCUUACCAUGGAGAGCAUCUCACCUGAAGACCUUCCCAGACAAGUGGAGUUCCUGGAGGUGGUGAGGCAGCAGGUCCAGAAGUUUGAGGUCCAGUACAUCGGGAACCUGCCGGUGUCCAGAGCCAUGGGUAUGGAGGUGUUGAACAGAGCCAUCGAAAGCAUCAUGAACUCCACAGACCGUGACGACUGGGAGCCAACGGUGAUCCACAUCAGCGACAGGGUUCUGUCUCUGUGGAAGGGGGAGCAGGAUGGAGACGAGCCACUCUGGGAAUGCCAGGUGCGAUUCCUCACCUUCCUGGGUGUCGGCCAUGACAGCCACACCUUCGCCGUCAUCGUGGACGCUGGGACGCAGCAGUUCGAGUGUCACGUGUUCUGGUGUGAACCGGACGCAGGGAUCAUCUCUGAGGCCGUCCAGGCGGCGUGCAUGCUCCAGUACCAGAAGUGUCUGGUGGCUCAGACUCCGCCUCCCAGAACCAAAUCUUGGCGUGCAACUCCAUCCAAGGUGAAACGAGCCAACUCCAUGGACGGCGUCGCCUUUCCCCCGUUGACAUCCCAUCACCAUGGAAACAGCAGCAGCAGCACCACGUUGGUGCCGAUGCCGAAGGGCAGCAGCAGCAAUGUGAGGAAAGGGAUGAUGGCAUUCUUUGAGACGUUCCGCAACAAACAAGCCGCCACCUCGUAGUGAUGGCCGCCGUACGCCGCUGGUCCGACUGGACUGCGAUGACAUCAGCGUCUGAACUGGCAACACCUGAGGCGAGACCCACCUGAAGAGCAGCUGGAUUCCUGUCUCACCUGUUGCUGCUACUGAGCUGAACAGGAGGAACGUCUGCAGGUGUCUGACCAAUCAGAGCGAUCAAUUCUUCCUUCGUUUAGAACAAACCAACCUGUAGAAACUGAACCUACUCAGGAUUUUCAGAUGUUAGCUGUCAAUACCAAGUUACUCCUUCACAGAACAGCAGAGAACUGCUCUGAUGAAGAGUGAUGAAGGUCCAGGAGAAUUUCUGCCUCUGAUUUCCCUAAAAUGUCCUUCAAAAGCAGAAAAGUAGAGUUAGAGCAGAAAACUUCUUCCAUUCCAGACAGCAGCUCCUCUGUCUGCUUCAGCUUCUUCUGAAUGGAAACCUUGAAGCUGCAGUGAGUGCUGCUGACCAUCAGGGGGCACACACUAGUCUCACAUUUCCUGGUUUCCCUCCUGAUUGGCUGAUGCCUCUACAGGUUGAGGAGUUUUCAAGUUUCAGGAAGCAAUAAGCUGCUGAGGCUCUUUAUGUCUGGAAAUGAUGUCAUGUAUGAAUGAAUCUGAAUAAAACAGAAAAUCCUUCA